AUCGAUAUUUAUAUAAACAUUUUAGACACUGUUAAACAUGAACAUAUAGAUCAAGGAUUAUAACUAUUUGAAACAAUUGAAAUUUGGCUACGGUAGAUAGUUGAUAGGUUGAUAAAUCUUAUUUUGAGUUUUUUUUAUGGUGGAUUUCAGAUUUCUCAAUUAUGCCUCCUGGUGCCCGAAGUUCAAACGUGGACGAUGCUAUUAUGGAAAAAGUUGUAGAAGCUAUAAGAGAAAGCGAUGAGAAGACACUAAGAAAUAUUCUUGAUUCAAAUGCUGAUAUCGACCUUGACGAUCAAUAUGAUGGUGCAUAUCCUUUGCAUAUGUGUGUAGGACAAUUAAAUUGUGUCAAAGUGCUUCUAGAACAUGGUGCCAGUCCGGACAUUCAGGAUCUGGAAGGGAAACGUCCUAUUCAUUAUGCUGCAGAGCGAGAUUUUGUUGAAACUUUGUUGUACCUAGUAUUAAAUGGAGCUGACUAUGACACACCAGUAGCAUCUGGGAGCUCUGAUAUGAACGGUAUGACACCACUUGAUAUAGCAUUUGAAAAUGACGCAUUUGCAUGCCAAGACUUCCUUCAUUUUCUAGGAGCAAAGAUUCAUCGUCACACUAUUUUAGAUGAGGAUGCAAAGUCAAAAUAUGAUAUUAUUCAGAAAGGAUAUGCGGAUGGUAAAAUUAUACACGGCGGAAUUACAAUAAAAGCCAAUACUGGACGACCACAUGAUGUCGUUAGUCGCGAUGGUAAGAGUGUUGAUAUAGGCUUACAAGGAUACGGUGACUCGUUUAUUGUAUAUAUACGUAGAAUGGAAGUGGACUACCAGUCAAGCAGCACAAGAAUUCCACUGGUAUCGAUUCAAGACGGAAUGGAAUUGGUCAGCGACAUAUAUCAAUAUAAAGUGGACAGAAAUGCACAAUGUGACUUACAUAUACCUGUAGUGGAGGGUCUAAUGCUUGAUAAAUAUAACAACCUUGUGGUGGUACACAUGACCGACUUUGAACAAACCUCAAGUGAUGUGUAUACAAACGUUGAUAUUGUAGGCAAUAAGAUGAUUAUCAAAGGGAUGACUUUGUGUUCUUAUGGUAGCAGUCCGAUUGUGUCAUUUGGGAUUUUUACGAACAUAAAAACUGACAACAUAUCUCGUGAUCCAAAUGAAGAACUGAAAGUAAAUUCGACGGUAGAAAACCUUUUUGCAGUCACUGUUCCAGCUGGUAUUGCACCAACAUGUACACAAAUACAGCUUCAGGUGAUAAAAUCAAGUGUAGAGAACUCCAGUGAUAGCAUCGACGAUAACGACGAAGACUAUGGCAAUAGUUCUGAUUUCCUCUCUGUAGCGAGUGUCAGCACGCAAACAAGUCGCAAAAAUUCUAUUGUCUCGUCCCACAAUCCUCCUCUAGAUACAAGGCGUCCAGUAUCAGCUGCAAGCAGACAAACACACAGUGAAGAAAACCUUAACAUACAACUACCAAAACCAAGAGAUGAAAAAGGAAAAAUCCAAGUAGUUGUAAAGUGUCAACAAGGGCAAGACGGUACGGAACCUAUGAAUUGGGUAAAACACGAACAAUAUGAAGUUUCAGGAAGAGUUGUUAAAUGUAAAGAAGCAAGUUUUGCAAAUUACAUAGUAGUUAAUGUGAAGAAAUUUGGACACCUCAUUAAAGAAUUUGUGAGUGAACUGUACACAAGAGCGCUCGGCAAUAAAAAAGAAGUUAGAUUGUUUGCUAUGGUUAAACAGGUUAACAGGCUAGAAUAUAUUGUCAAAAUAGUCUUGUGUGAAUCAGAUGUCUACCCAAAUAGACUACAAUCAUGUUUAAAAGAUGGUUUCCAGGAACAAGAAUGUGGACCGACUGAUUCAUUUGAAAUCAAUACAAAAUGUACAUUCAUGCUUAAACUGCUGUUGAAGAAUGCUGAAGUCAGUAUUGGUCCGGACACAUUACCUAUACAAUAUCAGGGUAAUCAUCCAAAAUCACAAGACUUUCCUGUUGAUGCACAAGACUCAGACACAAAAAGCGCAUCCGGUCGAUGUUUGAUGUUCAAGAAUGCUGUUCCAAAGAAAGAGGCCUCUUUUUAUGGCAAGAAGUGUAUAACAACAUUAGCACUUAGGUUUGGGAGUUGUAAGAUUGACUGUAUACCAAAUGACAAAUUUCUGAGUGACAAUUUCAUUGAAGACGUUGCAAAUAAAACAAUUGGAUUCAAGUGGUUUUCCCUUGGUGUUCAUCUUGGAUUUAGUUGUGAAGAACUAUUUGCACUUCAAGAUAUUGAGCCGCGAAAAAGGAAUGCGAUGAUUUUGUACAAAUGGAGAGAUGAACAAGCAAGCAGUUUGGAUGAAAAGUUAGACAACUUAAUAAUAGCAACAAAAGCAGCUGAAUUGCCGAAACUAAAAUCAGAAUUAUGUCAGGCUGUUUCUAAAUUUCGUCAAGGAAACAGUAUACUUGAAAGUUGGAUACAGAAAUAUCAAGGAUCGGACACCAGUUUGGAUUUACGCAGUCUUCAACAAAAAACACCCUCCCCAUAUAGUGACAAAUUCCUUCUGUACAUUGCGGAACAACUUGGAGGAAUAGACGAAAGAUUGUUUAUUGAACUAGACUUAACUGUUGCUGAGCGAGAGGAAAUGCAGACAGGUACCACUUACCAAAGAUGCAAGCUUCUUAUGUUGGCAAGAGACAAAUCAUCAAGUGACAUAGCGUUUUUGAAGAAGCUUAAAGGAACGCUGUCCAAACAAAACUUAAACUUACAGCUUCUGGAAAUAUCCGAAUGCGCAAAUAAAUGGCUCUCGACUGAGGAAGCACAACACGUGGAGAAGAAAAAACGGGAUGCAAUAAAAGAAGUGUUCAAAUGACAAAAACGUGUGUCUGAUAUUACAACCGUCUCGUAGCUUGCCAUUUACAGAUACAACUACUACACAACUAUGUCAGUUUUAGUAUUCAUUUAUGUAUACAGUCUGUGAUAUAGCUAUUUAAAACGUUAUUUCAUCGACAUUUUAUAAACUCAUAUUUGCGAUGGUGCAUGCAUAACAUUAUACAUAUGUUUUAUCCCUUUACAAUAAGAAUAACUAACACUUAAUGAAACAAUUAUCAAAAUGAUUAAAAAGUAUAGUAAACGUUUUCCCAGUUUUACUUUUCAUU